GAUUUUGGAAGACAAAAAGUCGAUUUGAUUUUAUCCGUCUUUUGGAUUCCUAUAAUAUUUCUGUUUUAACAAAUUUCUAAAUUUUUAACAGAAAAACAUCAAAUAGUCAUGAAUAGUUUAUACAGAUUAGUACCCAGAGUGUGGCUCAGUGCGGGGAAAUUCAAUCAAUGGCAAAUAAAACGCUGUUAUGCCCAACCAGUCAAGCGUUUCUAUAAACAAACCUCAGUAUUGUACAAUGAUGGCAAAUACGAGGUAACGCUGGACCAGCGCAAACUAAAAACUCCUAAGGGUGCCCCAUUCACCGUGAAGAGCGAGCCCUUGGCCAUAGCGGUGGCUACUGAAUUCGAUUGCCAAAAGGAACAUAUAGAACGCUCCAAAAUGCAUUUGUCUGCCCUAUGCUUUACGGCCAUCGAUAAUCCCAAUAAUCAUACAAAAAUCGAUAUGGUUAACUAUUUGCUGAAUUACAUACCCACGGACACGGUGCUCUUCCAAUACGAUGAUGAAAAGGAUUUGCAUGAAUUGCAGCGUAACGAGUGGGAUCCGAUUAUAGAGUGGUUCAACGAGCGUUAUGACACAAAACUUAAAAAAACCAUGGACAUAACACCGCCCAAUGUUUCGGGUGAGGAUAAAAUGAAAAUCUCCAAAUAUUUGCUAUCGCAUGGCGAAGAGGUUUUACAUGGUUUUGUUUUUGCCGUUGACACCUUGAAGUCGGUCAUCUUGGCCUUUGCCGCCAUAGAUCAACGCAUUAGUGUUGACAAGGCGGUGACAUUAGCCCGCCUCGAAGAAGAAUAUCAAUUGAAAUUCUGGGGUCGUGUCGAAUGGGCCCAUGAUCUGAGUCAACAGGAACUACAGGCCCGCUUGGCGGCCUCAGUUCUAUUUGUACAUCUGAAUCGUUCAGAGUAUUUUAAAAAGGAAAAAAUUAUAAUUUAAUUUAGAUUAGUUUAAUGUUGUUAUGUUUAACUUAAAAAAAUUCAAAGAUAUUUGAAUAUUUGUUGCAAUGUUAAUGAAAAACAAAAAACAAUUAUAAUAAAAUAGUUUAAGAACUAA